AUGGGGAAGUCCUAUAUUGAUUUCCUCGUUGGAUGGGAAAUACAUGACCCUUGGUCUUUUUACGAGCUCGCUGGAUGUCCAGGCGCAUUAAUCGUCCAGAUAUCUAAGCUCACCCAACUUGCCGAACAGCGUGAGAUCGCUCUUUCUAUGGAAUGGCUGACCUUCAACGAAGAGCCUGUUUGGAAGAUCCACAAGGAGAUAUCCGAGUGGAACGAUGAGAGCUUCCAAUUGCCUGACAACACGAGCAAAUAUGAACACCUGGCCGAUGCGGACGCAGAAGAGCUCAUUCACGAACAGCACGAUCGGUACCAUUGUGUCGAGGCAUGGCGGUACGCGCUUCUACUGUACAUCGAACGACUUUUCGGAACCAGUGGUCGACAACUACGACGUCUUGAAAUCACAAUAUCCGCACGGCAGAUUCUUGAUCAUGUUCGGUGCUGUCGACAGUCAUCUCAAGCGCAGAAGCAGUUGUUGCUCCCUGUUUUCCUGGCAGGGAGCGAGGCACAAGAUGAAGAACAGCGGCAGUUUGCAAACGCUUAUUGCCUUUUCUGGGAGCAAAAGAGUCGGUACGGCAUGUUCAGCUCGGUGCCUGUUUUGCUCAAUGAAAUAUGGUCAACGGGGCAGUGGUGGGGGGCUGUCAUUGACAGCAAAACGAGGAAGCCUUCAAUGUCAAAACAGGGAGCGACCCAGCUCUUGUUCGGUUGA